AUGGAUGAAUAUGACCAACACUACCUGGUCACAGGAUGGUAGUCUAGAGGAUCGUUCAGGACUCACUCUGCGUACCCUCACGGCUUGCCUCCUGGUCCUGCUCAUCCUAAGUACGUUGUUGGGUAACACUCUGGUGUGUGCAGCCAUCAUUAAGUUUCGCCACCUGCGAUCUAAGGUAACCAACUUUUUUGUCAUCUCCUUGGCGGUGUCAGACCUUUUGGUGGCUGUUUUGGUUAUGCCAUGGAGAGCUGUCACUGAGGUGGCAGGAUUUUGGCCAUUUGGCAAGUUCUGUGAUAUCUGGGUGGCCUUUGACAUCAUGUGCUCCACAGCAUCAAUCCUCAACCUGUGCAUUAUUAGCGUUGAUCGUUAUUGGGCCAUUGCCAGUCCAUUCCGCUAUGAACGCAAGAUGACUCAACGGGUGGCUUUUGUUAUGAUUGGGGUCGCCUGGACCUUAUCUAUCCUCAUCUCUUUCAUUCCUGUGCAACUGAGCUGGCACAAAGCUGAUGAGGGUCUGAUUCCACAGGAUGUACACCUGCCUCCUUCUAUUGCCAACUCCACUCUUCAGGACAAUUGUGAUUCCAGUUUGAGUCGCACCUAUGCCAUCUCCUCAUCCUUAAUCAGUUUCUACAUCCCUGUGGCAAUCAUGAUUGUAACUUAUACCCGCAUCUACCGGAUUGCCCAGAGGCAGAUUCGUCGCAUCUCUUCCCUGGAGAGAGCCGUGGAACACGCCCAGAGCUGCCAAGAAGCUAGUCUAAAGAGCUCUUUCAAGAAGGAGACCAAGGUGCUGAAAACACUCUCAAUCAUAAUGGGUGUGUUCGUAUGCUGCUGGCUGCCAUUUUUUAUCCUGAAUUGCAUGGUGCCCUUUUGUGAUCCAGUGGUUCAUGACAUGAAUCAGCUUCCUUGUGUGAGUCCAACCACUUUCAGCAUCUUUGUAUGGUUUGGUUGGGCUAACUCUACCCUAAACCCCAUCAUUUAUGCUUUCAAUGCUGACUUCCGCCGAGCUUUUGCCACAAUCCUGGGAUGUGGCCGCCUCUGUUCAAGCAAUGCUGUUGAGACAGUCAAUUUCAGCAAUGAGCUGGUGUCGUACCAUCAUGACACCACAAAUCCUCGGGAUGUAAUGACGCUGAGUUACCCCCACCUGUUACCCCACGUGGUUAAGCAGCCAGCUGAGAAUGAAGUCUCUUUUGACAAAGUCUCUCAGAUUUCCCAGGCUUCCAAUGCAGCAAAUGAGGAGUAUGAAAGGGAGAGUGAGUGUGCCAGCAGCUUGCCCGUUGUGGUGCAUGCAGAGUGUGAGACCGACAUCUCACUGGACAAAAUUAACCCUUUCACACCAAACGGACUUUCUUGAAUUAGGUGGAUGUGAAUUGGAGAUCAGUGUUUGAGGCAAAAUAAACAAAGACAUCACCA